AUGACCCAGCAAGGCGCGGCGCUGCAGAGCUACAACAACGAGCUGGUCAAGUGCAUCGAGGAGCUCUGCGCCAAGAGGGACGAGCUGAGCCGGCAGAUCCGGCAGGAGGAGGAGGAGAAGGGCAAGCUGCAGGGCGACCUCCGCGUGCUGACCGAGCGCCUGGCCCGCAUCAACGAGACCCUGGCCCACAAGAUGGCCACGCGCAACGAGUUCGACAAGACCAUCGCCGAGACCGAGGCGGCCUACAUGAAGGUCCUGGAAAGCUCGCAGACGCUGCUGAACGUGCUGAAGAAGGAAGCCGGGAACCUGGCCAAGGCCACCGAGUCCAAGAGCCUCCCUGCCAAGGAGAUCUGAGGGGGGAGCACCAAAUAAAGCUGAUGGGUUUCCCCAAA